AUGAGUAAACAGUUGACCACGAAGAUCCCCUCCAAAGCUGUAACUGUCACACAUUGGCCACAUCUAGAAGGACUCAACCUGGCAGAUCCAGACAACUUCCAACCAGGUUCUAUAGACUUACUUCUUGGUGUUAAAGAGUAUGCACAGAUUGUGCAACCAACACUUAUUAAGGGCCCUCCAGGUUCUCCAUGUGCCCAAGAAACCAACCUGGGGUGGAUCCUCUUCGGAGAAAUCGAUAAUAACCGUGAAAAUGAAUCAUUUCUGGUCCUUCAUCAUCAAAUCCAUAUAGAUCAUAUGUUGAAAUACCUCUGGGAAAUUGACAAUGAUAAAAAGAGAAUAUUAACAAAGGAAGAAAAGCUAUGUGAAACAAUAUAUGAAAGCACACAUACGAGAAAUAAAGGAAGAUAUCUAGUAAGGCUGCCAUUUAAUACAAAGAAUCCAAUUUCGAUUGAUGGAAAUACGAAAGAAAUAGCUAGAAAGAGGUUACUUCAGCUAGAAAGAAGAUUUAAGAAAGAAACUAAACUGAAAGAAGAUUAUACAAAGGUCAUGAAAGAAUACAUAAAAACUAACUACAUGGAAGAAAUACCUAAGAAUGAAAUAAAUGAGAGAAAAUCAGUAUACUUACCUCAUCACGCCGUGGUACAUGCAGACAGAGAAACUUCUAAGACACGCGUAGUAUUUGAUGCUUCAGCGAAGGGCUCCAACUGCGUUUCUCUAAACGAUGAAUUGCUUGUAGGUCCACAACUGCAAGAAGACUUAAGGAAUAUACUUAUGAGAUCGAGAUUACAUCGUGUUUGCUAUGCAAGUGAUAUACAAAAGAUAUACCUGCAAAUAUUACUUUAUGAAGAAGACGCCGAUCGAUAUCAACGCCUUUUGUGGAGAGAGAAUGAUUCAGACCCGAUUAAAGAAUAUCGUAUGCUUCGUGUUACAUUUGGUACAGCGGCGGCCCCUCACCUAGCUGUAAGAACGCUUCACCAGGUGGCUGACGAUGAGGGUCGAAAUCAUCCAAUGGCUGUUCGAAUUAUUAAAGAAGAUUUUUACAUGGACGAUCUAAUGUCGGGGGAGAGCAGUGCUCCUGAAGCCAUAAAGAGAGCACAAGAAGUAGAUAAUAUUCUACAGAAAGGUGGAUUUGUAUUAUCAAAAUGGUCAUCCAAUUCUGCUGAAUUUUUUAAAUCUAUCGAAUCAAACAAACGUACAUCUCGAGCACAGUUGGAUUUUAAAUUGAAUGGAAAUGUACAAGCCCUAGGUUUGAUCUGGAACCUGGGCACAGAUCAGUUUCAGUACAAAGUUAACUUACCAGCAAGGCGUGGUAAAGCGAACACGGUCGGAGGUGUGGUUGCCCGACUUCUAGUAACGCGGCAGCCUAAUAGAUUGGUGAAAUAUCUGGAAACCACUGCCUUCCCCUCACAUCAUUCAGACCGAAGCUACUCACCGCGGCCAUACUUCAUGGAAGCAUCGCUGAAACCAUGA